UGUACCUGGGAACACGCAGUUUGACCGGGAUCACACCGCAGUUCGGCUCAUCCGUUGAGGAGCAAAACCUCCCAAGCAAGCAGGGCGUCCAGUGUCGUCAAGCCCCACAACAUCUCUAGUCGUGACGGCAUCAGAUUUGUUUGGAUAGCGGUGACGGGAACAACGGGAGUUUGAUCAGAUUCCCAUAUUUUUCUGUCUUCUCUGAGGUCUAGCAAGCUAGCUGCGUCUAGGGCCUUACCGCCUAUCAUUAUCGUUCCCGCCCAGUCGUUCAUAACCUUGACUCCAACUGGGCAAAUCUCCUGCGCCGUCCUUGUUCCUCCCUGCACUACAAUUUCUUGUCUCUAGAUCAUUGGUCGACCUACAUCGAAUCCUUCCGCGACAGCACUGCAUUGCAACAGCACAGAACUAAAUGAAUAUGGCAGAACAGAACUCCAAAGCGAACGACCACGCCGACAGGCUGCAAACCUCCGAACACGAAUCCUCCCCAGGAGCGGCAUUGAGUAACGAACAAGCCGAGGAAGACCUGCCAGCUCACGAACGACAAUCCAUCACGAAUAUACCCGUCACACCCGGUAUCCACCUUGCGACCUACGAUCCCGAAACGAACCCAGGCGAGCCCAAGCGGCAAAGCCCCAGCUAUUUCACACGAGAUCCUGCAAGUCAUAGAUCCCCGAGGGCACUGUGUGUAAAAUCACCUAGCGAGUUAGGUGAUCUGAACGAGAACAGGAGCGCUUCAUCCCCGACGCAGGCUAUGACGGGGGCCAUGUCGCACCAGGAUGUGUUGCGGCGGAUGAGCCUAAGCUCUAAGGGACGGGGAAGGAGGGAGUCCUUAUCUGACAUCCAGGCCGCAGUCCCAGAUUUGGCCUUGAGUGGGAACAUAAUCUCGGCCACCUUCACUUUGCCAUACUCGUUGAAAUACCGUCCGGCAGGCGAGUGGGACUUGGGAUCCAGGCGGGGCCAAUCUGCCCUAUUCGAUGCCUUCUCCUACCUCUCCUCGGACGAAACACCGUGGAACCAUACAGUUGUGGCUUGGACCGGCGAGAUAGAGUCGCCCAACGACCCCUUUUCCCCCCCAGACACGCCGCCAGAUACCACGGCCAACAUUCGUGGACUCAACACAUUAUCUGCUCCCAUUCCCAUCGAUACCCAAACACUGCCCACGCAACCAUCGCAGGAUGGCUUAUUCAUACCCUGCGACCAGCAGCAGCAGCUCGAACAGAAGCUUAUGCAUGACGAGCGUAUCAAGACGGUACCUAUCUGGCUGGCCGACGAUGAUGAAAUUACCAGCAACGGAAUACGGCUGAAGGAUCAGGGUCGAUGGAGACGAUAUGCCGAGCACGAGCUAUACACCCUGUUCCACUAUAAGCAGCAUGAACCGACCGACGGACGUUCAGAGAGGCUCAAUUGGGCUGACUACUACCGCAUGAACCUAAAGUUUGCCAACAAAAUCAUCGACAUGUACAAGCCCGGCGACGUAGUCGUGAUCCACGACUACUACCUGAUGUUACUCCCUAGCAUGCUGCGGCAACGGGCCCCCAAGAUGUACAUAUCCUUUUAUUUGCACUGCCCUUUUCCGAGCAGCGAGUUCUUGCGCUGCCUCCCGCGAAGGAAGGAAGUUCUCCAGGGUGUCCUCGGUGCGAACCUCGUCGGAUUCCAGUCGUACAGCUAUUCGCGCCACUUUUCCAGCUGUUGCACCCGUAUUCUUGAUUUCCCUUCUGAUUCGAUAGGUGUCGAAGCUUAUGGAUCACGUGUUGAAGUUGGCGUCUUUCCCAUUGGAAUCGAUGCCACGAAAUGCGAGCAGAUGGCUUGGUCCCAGACUGUGGAUGACAAGUAUAAGGCUCUCAGGAAGCUCUACGAAGGCAAAAAGAUCAUUGUGGGUCGCGACCGUUUGGACAGUGUCCGCGGCGUGGCUCAAAAGCUCAUGGCCUUUGAGAGGUUCCUGGAACUGUAUCCCGAGUGGACCGAAAAAGUCGUCCUCAUCCAGGUGACGUCACCCACCACCAUCGAGGAAGAACACGAAGAUCCCGAGAACAAGAUUGCCAGUAGGGUUAACGAGUUGGUCAUGAAGAUCAACGGCACAUACGGCAGUUUGGGAUUCUCACCUGUCCAACAUUACCCACAAUAUCUAAGCCCCGACGAGUAUUUCGCGUUAUUGCGGGCAGCUGAUAUCGGCUUAAUUACCUCGGUCCGAGACGGCAUGAACACCACCAGCUUGGAAUACGUCGUCUGCCAACGCGAGAGGCAUGGUCCGUUGAUCUUGUCCGAGUUCAGCGGGACCGCCGGCAGUCUCAAGGACGCUAUCCAUAUUAACCCAUGGGAUCUCAGCGACGUAGCCAAGCAAAUCGAUCACGCGCUAACUAUGUCCGCCGAGAGACGUCUGGCCAUGCAGCAACGCCUGUACCACCACGUUACCAGCCAGAAUGUCCAGAGCUGGAUCACCAAGUUUCUGCGCAAGCUAGUUGGCACUCUGUCGGGCAACCAAGACACCAUAGCAACUCCUCUCCUGGACCCCACCGCUAUGCUUAAACAGUACCGUGCGGCUAAAAACCGACUUUUCAUGUUUGACUACGACGGAACCUUGACUCCUAUCGUCAGAGAACCUAGUGCGGCUGUUCCUUCGGAGCGUGUUAUCCGGACCCUUAAGUCGCUGGCAGCGGAUCAUCGCAACUCGGUGUGGAUCAUCUCGGGACGAGAUCAGGAAUUCUUGAAGCAGCACCUUGGCCACAUCCCUGAGCUCGGGUUCAGUGCUGAGCACGGUAGUUUCAUCAGACAACCCGGCGAGCAGACGUGGGAGAAUCUCGCCGAGAAAUUCGAUAUGGGAUGGCAAGAAGAGGUCGUCGCCGUGUUCCAAAAGUUCACUGAUCGGGUGCCUGGGUCUUUUAUUGAAAGAAAGCGUUGCGCCUUGACUUGGCAUUACCGCCUAGCCGAUCCGGAGCAAGGUGCCCAUGCCGCUCGCGAGGCACAGAAAGAACUUGAAGCGACGGUGACAAAGAAAUGGGAUGUAGACGUCAUGACAGGCAAAGCUAAUCUCGAGGUGCGACCAACUUUUAUUAAUAAAGGCGAAAUCUCCAAGCGUCUCGUCGCCAACUACAAUUCCGACAUCUCCCAUAUCGUCGAUGGGUCGAAAGUAGAGGAAAUGACGGAUGCUACGAAGCCGGGCCAGGUUGAGUUUGUACUCUGUAUGGGUGAUGAUUUCACGGAUGAGGAUAUGUUUAGAGCCUUGAGUGGCCUGAGCGGUACGGCCCUUUCCGAGGAAAGCAUCUUCACGGUGACGGUUGGCGCGAGCACCAAAGUCACGCUUGCCAAGUACCAUGUCUUGGAGCCUGACGACGUUAUUGAGGGCAUGGCAUUGCUUGCUGGUGUUGGGAAGGACGGUGUAAUGGCGGAUCACACUGUGUUGAGUCAGGUCAACCUCGCAGCGGUUGCGGGCUUAGAGGGAAGAGUACCUGACGCAUAGCGUUGAAUAGAUCAUCCUCAGCACAACCCCGACGAUGACUAGGGUUCAUCGGCGUGGUCUCGGGAGAAUCCGGAGACUUUGCAUACACACACACGGCAUGGAAGCGUGGAGUUUCAGAAUGCGGGUGUUGUUUUCUCGAUGAAGACGAAGUUAAAAGAGAUUAGACCAUUGUGGAUAACGAAAUUGCAUUGGGUUGUUGCAUGGAGGCAGACGUUACUUUACGUUGGGCGAAAGAGAAAAGAGUCACAUAGAAUUAGUUUCGCAUGGAAUAGCAAGAUAUCCUACUUUAAUCAUUAUUUACGGCCAUUAUAAUUCAGCAG